UUCUUGUUCGUUCAAAGGACUCCCAAUGAAGCAGAUGGAGCUCGAGAUCUAACGAAAUUUGGAUGCUUGGAUUGCGAAAUCGAAAACCUUAGUUGAGAUCUCUCUUUUCCUUUCCGGAUUUUGAUCGCGGAAUCAGAAAGAGAGAGAGAGAGAGAGAGAGAGGGAGGAAUGGACAAGUCAAGUGCUUUAGAGUAUAUCAACCAGAUGUUCCCAACUGAAGCAUCUUUAUCUGGUGUGGAGCCACUAAUGCAAAAGAUACACAGUGAGAUUCGUCGUGUGGAUGCAGGGAUAUUGGCAGCUGUUCGCCAACAGAGUAAUUCAGGGACAAAAGCAAAGGAAGAUCUUGCUGCUGCAACACAUGCUGUUCAGGAAUUGAUGUACAAGAUACGAGAAAUCAAAUCAAAAGCUGAACAAAGUGAAGCAAUGGUUCAGGAAAUUUGCCGGGACAUCAAGAAAUUGGAUUUUGCAAAGAAGCAUAUAACCACUACAAUUACUGCUCUUCAUCGCCUUACCAUGCUAGUCUCAGCUGUUGAGCAACUGCAAGUAAUGGCUUCAAAACGCCAGUAUAAGGAGGCUGCUGCUCAGUUGGAGGCAGUAAACCAGUUAUGCAGUCAUUUUGAAGCUUAUAGGGAUGUGCCAAAGAUAAAUGAACUCCGAGAGAAGUUUAAGAACAUCAAGAAGAUACUCAAGUCUCAUGUGUUUUCAGAUUUUUCAAGCCUGGGGACUGGAAAAGAGACAGAAGAAGCUAAUUUGCUGCAACAUUUAUCAGAUGCUUGCUUAGUGGUCGAUGCUCUGGAACCAUCUGUAAGGGAAGAACUGGUGAAAAAUUUCUGCAACAAAGAACUUAUUUCAUAUCAACAGAUCUUUGAAGGAGCAGAACUGGCAAAAUUGGAUAAGACAGAAAGGAGAUAUGCAUGGAUAAAACGCAGGUUGCGGACAAAUGAGGAAAUCUGGAAGAUAUUUCCUCCUGCUUGGCAUGUAGACUAUUUGUUAUGUAUCCAGUUCUGUAAGUUGACAAGGUCACAACUUGUGGAUAUACUUAACAAUCUCAAAGAAAAGCCAGAUGUUGCAACUUUAUUAUCGGCAUUGCAGAGGACUCUUGAAUUUGAGGAAGAAUUGGCAAAAAAGUUCAGUGGAGGAACUACAAAUUCCCGAAGUAGAGAAUAUGGUGAUGAUGUAGAUGAUGUAGAUGAGGGGGAGAACAGCAACAAGCGAAUUGUAUCAGAUAUUCAGAAAAAGUAUGAAAAGAAACUUGCCCUGCAUCGUGGAGGUGGAACUGAACAAGAGGAUAAGCAGAAAGAACUUUUAAUUCCUGGAGCUGGGUUCAACUUCCGUGGCAUCAUUUCAUCUUGUUUUGAAGUCCAUUUGACUGUGUAUGUAGAAUUAGAGGAGAAAACCCUAAUGGAACAUCUGGAGAAGCUUGUUCAGGAAGAGACCUGGGAAACUGAAGAGGGAAGUCAAACUAAUAUUUUGUCAAGCAGCAUGCAGGUCUUCUUGAUAAUUAGGAAAAGCUUGAAGAGAUGCGCAUCUCUAACGAAGAACCAAACAUUGUUUAAUUUAUUCGAGGUAUUCAAAAGAAUUCUUAGAUCAUAUGCAACAAAACUAUAUGCAAGAUUACCAAAAGGUGGAACAGGGAUUGUUGCCGCUGCUACUGGCACAGAUGGACAGAUCAAGACUUCUGAUAGAGAUGAGCGAAUGAUAUGCUACAUUGUGAAUACAGCAGAAUACUGCCACCAAACGUCAGGUGAGCUAGCUGAAAAUGUUUCAAAGAUUAUCGAAUCUCAAUUUGCAGAAAAGAUUGAUAUAUCUGAUGUGCAGGAUGAAUUUUCAGCUGUGAUUACAAAAGCACUAUUGACAUUAGUGUAUGGUCUUGAAACCAAGUUUGAUGCUGAAAUGAUUGCAAUGACUCGCGUUCCUUGGGCCAAUCUUGAAAGUGUUGGCGAUCAAUCAGAGUAUGUCAAUGGAAUAAUUUCUAUUCUUACCAGCAGCAUUCCAGCCCUCGGAAACCUACUUUCUCCCACCUACUUUCAGUUUUUCUUAGACAAGUUAGCAGCUUCACUGGGUCCUCGGUUCUACCUCAACAUUUAUAAAUGCAAACAGAUAUCAGAAACUGGUGCACAACAGAUGCUGUUGGACACUCAGGCUGUAAAGACAAUCCUUCUUGAAAUUCCUGCUUUAGGGAAACAGGCUACAGUUGUUGCUGGUUAUUCAAAAUUUGUAAAUCGUGAAAUGAGCAAAGCGGAAGCUCUCUUAAAGGUUAUAUUAUCCCCAAUUGAAUCUGUUGGAGAUACAUACAGAGCGCUGAUUCCUGAGGGCACUCCUUUAGAAUUCCAACGAAUACUGGAUCUCAAGGGACUCAAGAAAGUUGAUCAACAAUCCUUAAUGGAGGACUUCAACAAGCACAAUACAGGAAUCAAACACCAUUCCAUGGCCCCAACAGUCAUGACACCUGCCCCGGCCCCUCCGACCAUUCCAACUCUGGCACCUACUUCAACUUCCUCCUCAACAACCACAAUGCCUGGAGGAGCCAUUGUGUCCCGAGAAGAUGUCCUAGCGCGCGCAGCUGCACUAGGCCGGGGAGCUGCAACAAUCGGGUUCAAGCGGUUCCUCGCCUUGACUGAAGCUGCUAAAGAUCGAAAGGAUGGACCUUUUCGAAAGCUUUUCAAUCCUUAGUUUUGUUUCAUUUGCCGAUAUCGUUGUAGUGCUUUUUCUUCUAACGCGCACGGGAAAAAGGAGGCUUCGAAUACAAAUGGAGCGGAAAACAUAUCGAGAGAUGGAAUAUCUUUUUGCCGAUAAUGUUUUUUCUUUUUUUUCCAAUUGCAACAUUGGAUCUAGAAAAUCAUCAGCUGUGUAUUUUUUUUAAAAAAUUGUUUCUUUGUGUACAGUUCUUGAAUCAAGUAACUUUAUUUCCUUUCUCAUUUUGACAUAUACA